AUGGAGAGGUUGCACUCCUCCAUGCGUAAAAGGCUCUACAGUUUGCCACAGCACAUUGGACAGAAAACAUCUAUAAUGGGCGAAGGAGAAGACGCAGACAAGGACACCCGGAGGAAGAGUCUUAGGAUGAAGCCUCUACUGUCACCGUCACCGACCUCUGGGGGAAGCUGCAAAGGCAUCGGGGAGACCAAAAGUGGGGAGUCUGUGAUCAUGGAGACGGACAUAGGGAGACCGAUGAAGACCAGUUCAAAUGGAGAUUGCCGGAGAUUUCGAGGCAGCCUCUCGUCCAUCACAAGCCGCCAUGUGCACGACUCUGACACGGCGGAGGAAAGGCGCCUCAUCACCGAGGGGGAUGUCACCCCGAACGAGGAGAGCCCCCCCGGAGUCAUCGGUGAUGGGCCGCCGGAUCAAGGCGCGCAAGGGGCCAGCGGUGGCGGCGAUGGAACGCAAAAAGAUUCCCCAGACCAGCAGUCAGGGUUUAUAAAGUUGGAUGGCAUUGAUCAAAUUCUGCCGGACGACGAGAGAUUAUUUCAAGCUGGGUUCAUACACAGACAGUUAGGGGCAAUGCUUCAACCAGGGGUCAACAAGUUCUCCCUGAGGAUGUUUGGAAGUGAGAAGGCGGUUGAACGGGAACAAGAGCGGGUUAAAUCCGCCGGAUUUUGGAUAAUUCACCCGUACAGUGACUUCAGGUUUUACUGGGACUUGACCAUGCUGCUGCUGAUGGUAGGCAACCUCAUCAUCAUCCCCGUGGGCAUCACAUUCUUCAAGGACGAGCACACGCCCCCCUGGAUCGUGUUCAACGUGGUUUCCGACACUUUCUUCCUCAUGGACCUGGUCCUCAACUUCCGGACGGGUAUCGUCAAGGAGGACAACACGGAGAUCAUCCUGGAUCCGCAACAGAUCAAGAUCAAGUACUUGCGGAGUUGGUUUGUGGUGGACUUCAUCUCCUCCAUCCCCGUGGACUACAUUUUCCUCAUUGUGGAGACGCGCAUCGAUUCAGAUUUCUACAAGACGGCGCGAGCCUUGCGGAUUGUCCGCUUCACAAAGAUCCUCAGCUUGCUGCGACUCCUGCGCCUCUCUAGGCUCAUCCGCUACAUCCACCAAUGGGAAGAGAUCUUCCACAUGACCUAUGACCUAGCCAGCGCCAUGGUGAGGAUAGUCAACCUGAUCGGCAUGAUGCUGCUGCUGUGUCACUGGGACGGCUGCCUGCAGUUCCUGGUGCCCAUGCUGCAGGACUUCCCCGCUGACUGCUGGGUGUCCAAAAAUAAGAUGGUGAAUGACACAUGGGGACAGCAGUACUCCUACGCACUUUUCAAAGCUAUGAGCCACAUGCUGUGUAUUGGGUAUGGCAUGUACCCCCCGGUGGGCAUGACAGACGUGUGGCUGACCAUCCUCAGCAUGAUCGUGGGCGCUACCUGCUACGCCAUGUUUGUGGGACACGCCACCGCGCUAAUCCAAUCCCUGGACUCAUCUCGACGGCAGUACCAGGAGAAGUACAAACAAGUGGAGCAGUACAUGUCCUUCCACAAACUGCCAGCAGAUAUGAGGCAGAGAAUCCACGACUACUACGAGCACCGUUACCAGGGCAAGAUGUUCGACGAGGAGAGCAUCCUGGGAGAGCUGAAUGAGCCGCUCCGAGAGGAAAUCAUCAACUUUAACUGUCGAAAGCUGGUGGCGUCCAUGCCUCUGUUCGCCAACGCCGACCCCAACUUUGUCACCUCCAUGCUCACCAAGCUGAAGUUUGAGGUGUUCCAGCCCUUGGAUUACAUCAUCAGGGAGGGCACCAUCGGCAGAAAAAUGUACUUCAUACAACACGGGGUCGUCGGCGUACUAACCAAAGGCAAUAAAGAGACCAAGUUGUCAGAUGGCUCCUACUUUGGAGAGAUUUGUUUGCUGACGCUGGGCAGAAGGACGGCCAGUGUCCGAGCGGACACCUACUGUCGCCUGUACUCGCUGUCUGUGGACAACUUCAACGAGGUGCUGGAGGAGUAUCCUAUGAUGAGAAGGGCCUUUGAGACUGUUGCAGUGGACAGGCUGGACCGUAUUGGCAAGAAAAACUCCAUCCUGCAGCACAAGGUACAACACGACCUCAGCUCUGGUGAACUCAACUACCAGGAGAAUGAGAUCAUCCAGCAGAUAGUGCAGCAUGACAGGGACAUGGCCCACUGUGCCCACCUCUUCCAGAACGUCCCACCCCAGACUCCUCCUUCACCUACCCCUGUCAUAUGGGCCCCCCUCAUCCAGGCCCCUCUCCAGGCAGCAGCCGCCACCACCUCAGUUGCAAUUGCCCUGACACACCAUCCCCACCUUACACAAACCUUUUUCAGGCCUCCGGUUUCUGUUCUGGAAUCCCUAAAGGACCCUCCCAGCCGGUUUAAGAAAUUCCACACAUAUGUUCCUCCAUCCACAGCACCUAGCUCUGCUGGGGACUCCCCCUCUAGCACCCCCUCUAAACUGUGCUCUGGGGCGGACAUGCCAUUGCUGGCCUCUUUUCGGGCCCUGCACAUGACAUCAGGUACAGAGGCAACUGGCUCCAGGCAACAGGCUUCAGGUAGCAGAGGCCAGCAUGGACCUAGUGGGGCUGGCUCUGGGUCCAGUGGAGGAGGGGCCUCUGCCUUCCCCUUCGGACCAUACUUGCCCUCUGUCUCACCCACAUCUAGUAUGGCCCAGCUACACCCACAACCACAGCAUCAACAGCCGUUUCGCUCCAGCACCCCACCUCUUUCAAACCUCUUCCGUCAAGGAUCUACAGGUGGAAGCACAGGGUCAGGAAUAAGUGGAGGGGCAGUUGGAGCUUGUGGUGGUGCUACAGGGUGGUCUUCAGGUGGAGCAGUCGGAGCGUCUUUGGAAGGAGCCACAGGAAGAGACUCUGGUUGGGUAGGAGAGGACUUUACAACUGGAACAACAGGGCCACUGCCCUCCCACUUUGGGUUGGGAGGAGCUAAUGGUAGAGCAGUAGUAGAGAUCUCAGGGGAAUCAUUGGGAGGGAUAUCUGAAGUAUCAGUGGGUGCUGCUUGUGACACGUUAGCAGGUGGGGCAUCAGGUGGAUCAGCGGGGGGUAUAACCUGUGGGUCAAUAGGAAACACAGCCAGGAGAUCAAUGGGAAGAGCUUCUGGGGGAUCCGUGGGAGGGGCUUCUGGGGAAAAACUCAUAGUGACGACCACUGGAGGAUCAUUACCAAGGGCUUCUGGUGGAUCAAUGGCAUUGGUUUCCGGGGGAUUGACAGGAGGUGCCUCGGGGGGUGGACUUGGAGGGGUUUCUGGUGAUUCAAUGGUAGGGAAUCCUGUAGGGACGUUCGGAAGGCCUUCUGGUUCAUCCACAACUAGCCAUAUAGGAGGAAGUUUGAGUGGAUCAGGGGGUGGGAUGAUAGGACAUAUUAGCAAAAUGGCAGGAGGGGCAGUAGGGAUUCAUAUAGGAGAAUCUGUAAUUCCUGUAGAUGGGAUAUCUGCUGGAAUUACAGCUGGACUUCUGAGUUCGUCACGUUGUCAGAGUCCUAUAUCUACCGGCUCGUCCAGCCCUAUGCCUGGUCAGCUUCUCCAUAGCCAGCCACCUCCCAAGCCUCCUCAGGUGGCUCCUUUGCAGCAGUUUGCAGGGGGAGGCAGGACUAACAGUAGCUUAAACCUCUUCCAUUCCCCUCCACAUGGCUCCCCAUCCUCUAGCAGAGGACAGUACAGCCAGCUCCCUGCUGAGGGUUCCCCAUCUUCUCUCAGCCAUUUUAGCCUGGCAGGCCUCCAGUCCAGCUUUCUGCCUCACCAGAUGUCCCUAGAAAGGUCUGCACUGGCCUCCCUGGCCCAGUAUGGUUCAGCAAACGCCUCCCCCUGCCUUACCCCGGUGGCGCCCAGCCCUACUAUUCAAAGCCCAGUGGCGGGAAGGACUUUCCACUACAGCGACCCCACAAGUGCCACAGGAUCCCACAGUUCUCUACUCAUGCCUCAGUCUUCUCUCCCUUCACAGCCUCCCAGCCAGCCUCACACAACAGGGAGAGAUUCUCCAAUGGGCCGCUUUUCCGAGGACCUCAAGCUUUUAUACAGCUCGCCCCCAUCUCUGCCCCAGGAAGUAGCCCAGGCCUUAGGUCACCAUACUCCUCCCUCCUCUGUGGAGCCUGGAUAUUACCCCUCACCCUUUUCCUCACCAACUCUUGUGCCCAAACCCUGUAGCUCUUUGCCAGGGCGCAUGACUCCUCCAAUCCAGAUGUCUCCGGGACACCCUCACCAGACUCAGUCCCCUGGGGCCUCCCCGGCCUUGCCUCUACGGAGGGCCUCUGCUGCCUACUCAUCAGAUCUAGAACCUCAAACUGUCCGCUCUAAACUCCCUUCCAAUUUGUGAGGACUGCUCACACCCUCCUGUGCUCCUCCAAACUGAAAUGCACACAAACAAUUUCCAUGUGUGGCAUUUUUUUCUUUCUGUCUUCAAGACUUCACUGUGUCCCACCUCUCAUUUUACCAAGAUCUUCAAAAUAACUGUGAUUAAAAGACACUUUACCGGGUAACUCGGAGCGCUAGAAUACUCUAUAUUUGUUUUAUGCUAUGUCCUCUUUUUUAUUCAUACAUAUUGUAUAUAGAUAGAGAUAUAUUUAAAUGAUAAGUUAAUCAAUGGACUAGGAGGGUGUGAAAAAAGAUAUCCAUUUAAUUAAAGGACAGUCAUUUUCUUUAUUUAUAUAACUAUGCCAAAUUCAUCUGGUGACGUUUGGGGAGACAAUUCAAUGGACUACACAAUAAUAAUCUUUUUUUCUGCAGGAACCUAUGCACUAAUACCUGCAUGUAUAAAUGCUUUUUGUGUGUUUUAAAAAAGUAUCUAAAUUUCUAGCUAAAACAACAUGCUUCGAGACUGGCUGACUCUUGUACCAUCUCAUACAGGAUCACAUAUUGUUGAUCUUUAAAUGUAUCUAUUAGAUUGUACUUAUUUAUCCUCUGUAUAAACUUUUCAAAACUUAAUGAGGGAUGGAGAAGAGAUUUUUAAGAAACCAAAAAAAUGUUUUUCCUGUGGGGUAAUGAUUCACCUCCUCUUGGCCCAUCAAUCCUUAUUUUAUACCAUUUUAUCGUAACAAUUCAGUUUUUUGAAGCAGGGGGAGAGGGGUUCAGCGAGCUACCCUCCAUCUCAAUUCUAAGACAUGACAGUAUGUGAGCGACUGGCUUUCUGCAGAGUCCUUGACCGUGUCCUGACAAGCUCACUUUGUCUUCCAAGCUCAUGCUAAUUUCUGUGUGUAGAAAGCAUGUGUUGUUUUCUUCCUGACUGUGUGCAACUGUUAAUGUGUGAGUGUUAGUGAGAGAAUAAGUUUGGGUUUCAGUGGAACAGUCGGAUGCAAGGAAAUACUUUUCCAAGGACUGAUCAAAAGGACGUUUGCCUUUUUCACAUAAAAACUAGGACUUCCAUUAACCACAGCUUGUGUGUUGCAUUGUGUAGCACUCAGACCAAUCAAAAUAGUCAAAUAUAUAAUACCCCCUAAAACUAGACUUACAG